ACAGGCCUGAACGGAGAAGACAACAACAAGAUGGCGGUCGAAACUCUCAGUCUGCUGGUUUCCAUUACCGUGCUGCUUAAGGCGACUCGCGGCGACGUCGAACACUGCACGAAGGGAACGUGCACUACGAAGCCUCUCGGUUUCAACUGUAACGUCGUUUACGAAGAACGUGUCUUGCGGACGAAGUUGCCAGACGGUGCCCUGCGCGACCUCCCGGGGACUGUGCGAGGGUUAUCUCUGCUUGUCAGUAACACCGACCCUCUCUCUGAUCCAUCCCUUAUCAUCGGCUGGAGGCCUCCUGAAGUUGCUGUUAGCGUGUUCGAAGUUUAUCUGUUAACUUGGGACAAUCACAAGCCAGGAAAAGCAUCUGUGCCGUUCCCCUGUAUGUUUGUCGUCAAGGUCACCGACACAAGCCAGAUCACUAAGAUUGAACUCCGCGUGACGUCAUCGACGUUCCGUAACAGUAAAGACAUCACUGUCUACGUCAACACGUGGCUGGGGAACAAGGAGCCAUGCUUCCUCAGACAAGCGAAGGUCACCUUUUACGCCACAGAUUCCCUCCAGCUCACACCUGCCUUCUGGAACUACCUUCUGUCUAUGGCGUUGCCUGGCAACGACAGCCUGCAACUGAGCUUCCACCCUCUCCCAAAUGCAACCCGACACAUGGUGCAAGUUUGCCUGAAAACACAUCUUCAGGAAGGCACCCAACGACGAUCAGGGUACCAAUGUAGCAAGUUUCGUUCGCUGAGACAGGGAACAAAGACGGGAAUAUUCCAGUUCAGUAAAACCUGUGCAACAUAUCGUAUACAGAUCAUCCCUGUGCCCAACGCUUACAGACAGGUGUACAGAGUGCAUCGCUUUGUGCCAGCUCUAAAAAGCCCUUCACGUGACCCAGUCGCAUUGUCGUUACUUGAAUCAGCAUCGCUUUCAUCCAACACGCCAAAGGUCAAGGACAGACAUGGUGUCAACGUCAUCCUGGUAUCAGUUCUAGCGUCACUCCUUGGGUUGGCGGCAGGGAUAGCUUUCAUUUGGAAGCGUGUCAGACGGAGACGAUGUUGGUACUCACCACCGACAAAUGGUAACUACGAGCUCCUGCAGUACCCUACUGCACACAACACAGACAUUGACGCGGAGUCUGAUGUGGAAUUCUGGAGCGAGCUGAGGAGAACGACAGUCAAGAACAUAUUCUUGUUGUACUCAGAAGAUUGCGAGUGUCAUCUAGAAGUUGUUGAAUCACUCUCGAGAUGUUUGGAGACAUCGUUCAAAUGCAGGGUCCGUCAAGUCGACCGUGCCAAAGAUAUCGAUACACAGCUGGAAACUAUAUAUGUUGUUCUUUUGGUCAGUUCAAAGGAUGUAUUUACGUCCUUGGACUUGCAUCGAUCCAAGUUACCCCAAAUCCAGGACCCAAUCACCCAGACUGCUGGUGACAUGGGUCGUGUGAUAGACAGGCUACUGGAGGCCUACAGUGAUAGGGUGGUGAUGGUGCGGCUGGCCUUCACUGAAAACCAGUAUGUGAUACAAUCCCCAAACAACCACGUGUUUACCAUCCCUGGACAUAUGUCCGACCUCAUCUGUCGUAUACAUAAACUUGGAGACCUUGCGGCAGAACACAGUAUGAGGAAGUGGUUAACGACGAGGCCAGAGGCUAAAGAUCUGAUGUCUUCCAUUGAGAAAGCUUCGAAGUGCUGUGGUAGAUCUAGCUGUUCAGUGACUAGGAAUCCAGGCGCGGGGCUGUUUCAGGACUCGCAUGUGGUUGCUGUGCAGGACAUUGGUGCGCUGGAUAGACAAAUGGUGGAUUUUCAAGAUCUGGGUGGACAAACAGAAGUGUUUGAGGACUUGGAUGGGCAGGGAGCAUAUGCCGGUGAGCUCAAGGACUUGGGUGAGCAGGGGUGGAAUGGGAUGGUACUUGAGGAACUUGGUGGACGAGGCGAAGACAGGGUUGAAGUCAAGAAAUUUACUGGGCAGAUUGGGCGCUACAGGGCAAUUAGGUGGACACCCUCUUGAGGUAGCACAAGAAAGACAGGAUGCCGACAUGGAUCCGUGGAUCCCACCAACAAUAGAACCUGUUGAAGACAGUUCCCUGGAGGAACUGGAGGAAGGCCUGCUCCUUAUUACACAGAACCAUGAGCAUCGCUUGAAUGACGAAGUUCGAUUCCGACUCCGUUCCUUUGUUGAUGACAGUUCUUGAUGCCGCUUUUGGCGGAUAUAGUUCUCGUAUCUAACUUGGCACCAAACUCUCUGUUGGUCCGUACAUAAGCAGCGAGUUUCAGGGACAAUGCUGAGGACAGUAAAUGUGACUUUCAAUGUUUCACUAGUAACUCAGUCGAAGUUUCCCACACCCUAAAAGUUAUAUCAAAAUACCAGUGUGUGAUUUACAUAAACGUGGUCAGUUUGAAUGUAUUUGGGGGUGGUGGCAUAGCCUAGUGGUUAAAGCGUUCGCUCAUCACACUGAAGACUCGUGUUUGAUUCAAAUUAUGGGAACAGUGUGGUGUAUUCCGCCGUGAUAGUGCUAGAACAUAUGUAAAUGCGGCGAAAAACAAUACUCACUCAAGUGUAUUUGAAAGGCUAUGAAAUUCAGACUGAAGAAUUCCUUCAAAUAGUCCCAAAUUAACACAAUUCUGGAUUCUUAAACCACGGCUGUAUUACUUGCAACACUGCUGUUGAUUGAGCGUAGAACGUUACCAGGUAUCCUUUACUCGUCUGCUCAGUGACAAUUGUGUGACUUAGAUGGUAUUACUUAUGGAGGCCGGUAAACAUGUAGGCACAGCAAUUAAGCAUCAUCACAACGCACGCUUUGUUCAUAUUCCAUUUUUUCAUAUGAUUAUAUUCCACGUAUGACGGUAGGCUGAA